GCGAAGAGUUAAAGUCGCGUUAAACCGAUUCAGAAAGCGGCACGGAGAGAGCGCGCGAGCGGAGCGAAGUACUAACAGCAAAGUGAUCCCAACUGGAGAGCAGUGACAACCACUGACAUGCAGGAAGGACCUGAUAGAUAAUGCUCUGAUUGGAUGAGCAGGUUCUGGACUCCGGAUGGUGGAGGAGGAUGCUGGGGACUUUUAUUCAGUUUUUGUUUUUGUUUUUUAACUAUUUUUUUUAGCUCGUUUUUUUCUCAGCAGUGUUUUUGGGUUAAACUGAUGAUUAACACUGUUGUGUAAGAAAGGGCGGUGUUUCUGGUGGAGGGAGAAGGCCACGCCCCCUGGUUUCCUGCGGCAGUGCUGACAGGCAGGAAGUUACGGAAGUGUUCAGUCAGAUCAGUUCUGAAACCUGAAGCUUGUCUGUAAACAUCUCACCGCUGGGUACAGACCAGAACCGACUACUGACCACUGACUGAGCACUGAUUAACCCUUUAAACUCCUACUGCCUGCACGUGAGUCCACAGAUACACAAUCAUUCAUACUGGAUACUCAAUAAUUCAUACUAAAUACUAAAUCAUUAAUACUAGAUACUGAAUAAUUAAUACUAGAUAUUGAAUAAUUCAGAGCAGAUACUCAAUAAUUCAUACUGGAUCCAAAAAAAAUCAUAGAAGAUACUGAAAAAAUUAUACUAGAUACAUAAUAAUAAAAAGCAGAUACUGAAUAAUUCAUACUGAAUACUAAAUUAUUCUUAGCAGACACUGAAUGAUUGCAAAUUCAUAGCAAAUACUCAAUAAUUCAUAUUGGAUACUGAAUAUUUCAUAUCAGAUACAAAAAAAUCAUAACGGAUACUACAUAAUCCACGAUAGAAGCUUGAUAAUUCAUAGUAGAUACUGAAUCAUUCACAGUAGCUACUGACUACUUUACAGUGGUUACUAAAUUAAUCCAAAGUAGAUACUAAAUGAUUCACACUGGAUACUGCACAACUCAAAGGAAUGACUGAAUAAUUCACAGUAGAAACUGGGAACUGAAUAAUUAAUACUAAGUACUCAAUAAUUGAUACUAAAUACUGAAUAAUCCACAGUACAUACUAAACAAUUCACACUGGAUACUGAAUAGUUGAUAGCAACUACUGAAUAAUUAACAGUAGAUACUGGGUACUGAAUAAUUCAUACUAAGUACUCAAUAAUUGAUACUAGAUACUGAAUAAUCCAUAGUAGAUACUAAAUUUCUACACUGGAUACUGAAUAGUUGAUAGCAACUACUGAAUAAUUCAUACUGUACACUGAAUAAUCCAUAGCAGAUACUGAAACAUGUAUACUAGAUAUAUAAUAAAUCAAAGCAGAUACUGAAUAAUUCAUACUGGAGCCUAAAUAAUUCACAGCAGCUACUGAAUACUGAAUACUUCACAGUGGUUACUAGAUAUUCCAUAGUAGCUACUGAACAAUUCACAGUGGUUACUGAAUAGUUCAUACUGGAUACUUAAUAAUUCACAAUAGUUACUAAACAAUCCAUAGAAGCUACUGAAUAAUUCACAGUAAAUUCUGAACAAAACAGAUUAAUCCCUUAUUAAUUCAUAGUGAGUCUUAAAUAGUCUAUAGUCGAUACUGAAAUCAGAUGUGUAUUAUAUGCAAACUAGUUAUAAAAUUGUAUUGCUGAUCUAUUAAAUGUUAGUUAUUCUCGUUCAGUAUACAAUACAGUAUAGAGUUAUAUAGUACUGUAUAUAUUAUAAUUAUAGUAGUUUAUGCUGAAUCUGUAAUAUUAAUAGUUAAUAUCAGUUUAGUGUUUCUGGAGGAGUUUAAAGGGUUAACUGGAUCUUCCUGCAGAUGAUAAUAAUAUCAGUCUGUACUCGAGAGCGCCAUGUCUAACCCCGUCCCCGUCCCGACACUGACCGUCUUCCCGCCAUCGUCCGAAACUGAGUCCCGGUCCCGUUCCCCCAGCCCCCUCCCACCCCGGCCCCCCCGCCCCCACCGGAGCCGCCAGCGCAGAACCGGCGCUCAGGAGAACCCACCAGAACCACAACCUCAGGACCAGAACCCGUCCCAGUGGUUGAGGAGCAGGGGGCGGAGCCUGUCCCGCAAAGUCCUGAAGCGUAAGGACAGGGUGAAGGAGGUGAGGGGGCCGGACGGGGUACACGGGCAGGGGGGCAGGUUCUCGCCCCUCCUCCUGCCCCCGUCCCGCUCCCGCUGGUCCCUCCGCAGCCUCAUCAGCAGGGACUCGGACUGGGACAGCAGCUGCAGUACUGCCAGUAACUCUCCUCGCAGCACCCCGGGCAGCUCCCCGUCCCUGCGGCGGCGGGUGCUGGGUGGGCGUGGCGGUGAGGGGGAGGGGUCUGCUGACCGCAGUGCUGGAGGGGGAUCUGAAAGUCCCCAGCUCACCACGCCAUCGUCCACAUCCUCCUACCCAGCCGCCACGCGGCACUUCACACGCAAUGCCAAGAAAAUGCAAAGCUGGUACAAUGUACUCAGCCCCACCUACAAGCAGAGGAACGAGGACUUCAGAAAAAUCUUUAAGAAACUCCCGGAUACUGAGCGUCUGAUAGUGGAUUACUCGUGUGCUCUGCAGAAGGACAUUCUGCUCCAGGGUCGUCUUUAUCUGUCUGAGAACUGGAUCUGCUUCUACAGCAACAUCUUCCGCUGGGAAACCACUAUCACCAUCCUGCUGAAGGACGUGACGAGUCUGACCAAGGAGAAAACGGCCAAACUGAUCCCCAACGCCAUCCAGAUCUGCACCGAUCAGGAGAAGCACUUCUUCACGUCGUUCGGAGCGAGGGAUCGCAGCUACAUGAUGAUCUUCAGACUGUGGCAGAACGCUCUGAUGGACAAGACGCUGUCUCCUAAGGAGCUGUGGCACAUUGUGCACCAGUGUUACGGGACUGAGCUGGGGCUGACGAGUGAGGACGAUGACUACGUGUCCCCGACGGCGGAGCAUAUGAACGGCCUGCUGCCGGGUGAUGAUGUGGUGUGUGAUUUGCUGGAUCAGGCUGCUGUAGCUCCUCCCCCUCCUGGAUCUUCUCCUCCAUCCUCUUCCUCCUCCUCCUGCCCACCUGUGGAGGUUCCUGCCGUCAGAACCAGUACUGAGCCAGAACCGAGUCCACCCAACUCCCAGACCACCACUCAACCCGCCAACACCAACCCCACACACUCCACCACACCCGCCACACCUGCCACUCCUGCUGCCACCACCGCGAGUACAGAGGAGGCCGGACAGGACAGCCAAUCAGAGGCCGGCAGUCUGGCGGCGUCAGCGUCCGGUCCUCAGGUUCUGGGUAACGUUUCAUCGCUGGAUAUGACUAAUGAUGAAGAGCUGCCCACCGACCCCAGCAACUCCUCCGACACACAGGAAGAGAGUGAGGUGGAGUCGUUCUGUGCGGAUCUGAGGGGGCGUCUGCACAUUAACACGGUUCUGAGGAUCGGGGUGGAUAAACUUCACGAGCUGCUGUUCUCCGAUACUCACUUCCUCCAGCACCUCUUCACCCAGCGACACUUCACCGACCUGUCGGUGCAGGACUGGCAGCAGGACGUCAGCAGUGGGAACAGUAUCCGGGUGCUGAGCUACACCAUCGCCAUCAACAACCCCCUCGGCCCCAAAACUGCCCCCGUCGUCGAGACUCAGACUCUGUAUAAGAGCAGUUCUCGGGGGGAGUGUUAUGUGGUGGAUUCGGAGGUGAUCACUUCAGGAAUCCCGUAUCAGGACUACUUUUACACCACCCACAGAUACUGCCUUACAGCCGUCAGCAAAACCAAGAGCAGGCUCAGGGUUUCGUCUGAUAUCUGCUACAGGAAGCAGCCGUGGAGUUUGGUGAAAGCUCUGAUAGAGAAAAACACCUGGAGUGGAAUAGAGGAAUACUACAGACACAUGGAGGUGGAGGUGUGUAAGCUGGAGACGCUGCUGCAGGCGGAGGUGUCGGUGGUGGUGGGGGUGGGCGACGCCCCCGGUGCAGAUGGAGGGAAGGGGGGGGCGGGGCUGCGCAGACGUAAACGCACCUGCUCCAGACGCACCGCGGAGAGGGAGGGGCCGGGGGCCGGCGGGGACCGGGGCGAGCGAGGGGCCCCGGAGGAGAGAGAGGGACGAGAAACAGGCGCUCCGUUUCUGAAGGUUGGGGAUCGAUGGCGUGGAGCAGCUGGUAAUAACAACAUCUCCACCAUCCUGCUGAUCGUCAGCUUCAUUCUGGUGGUGUUGGUGGCUCUGAAUAUGCUGCUGUUCUAUAAGCUGUGGGCUUUAGAGAGAGCCGCUCACACACUGGAGACCUGGCACUCCUACUCACUCUCAGACAGUCCUCUCCCGCAGUCGGCUGCAGAGUGGGCGCAGGUGCUGCAGCUGCAGCGCCAGUUUCAUCAGGCUCAGCUCGGGAAAUGGCAGCAGAUCCUACAGUCCUCCGUCACCCUGCUGGACCAGAUGAAGCAGUCUCUGGAGAAGCUGCACAGAGGGAUCAUCAGUCCUGAGAUGCUGCAGGACUCUGACGACCCGUCAUCACCCACAGCCACGCCCACCACAGACACACUGCAGGACCAGUGACCUGUCUGCCGGCUCCGCCCACCUGUCUCUCUCACACACACACACACACACUCAGUCGGAGGGUUCUACAGGACUGGACGGUUCUACCAGCAGAACCUCCAUCAUGAUGUAAUAAUAACUGUUGGGUAAAAUUACCCAUGAUCCUCAGCUGCAACAUGCCUUUCUACUGUGAGUGAACUGUGAGGGAACCACGCAGAACCUCCUGCAUCCAGAACCAGAGCAAUAACUCCGUAACGCAGCGGUUCCCACGGUAACCCCCCGCCCCCGACUGUCCGGCCCCACCGCCCCCAUGUUUUAAAGGAACAGUCCGGCUGUGUUCCAAUCUGAUCUCCAUCUGCUGCUUCUGAAGACCUUCAUUGAUCUUCACGGCUUUAAAUAUCAUUAGUCGUUAAUUCCAUGAGGCACGGCCAAUUACAACGGAGCUCAUUUGCAUACAUCAGUCCUAACGGCACAAGAACUGUCUGCUUUUAAUUUUAAGACAUAGCGGAAAGUUAAAAAACAUGAAAAAAGAAAGAAUUGUGGCCAUUUUUUGGCGGAAUAUACAAUAAAAUUGUAGAAUAUUGUUCAUAAACAGGCAGCAAAAAACGACUAUUUUUGAAUUGUUGAAUUUUGUUUAAAAAUUUGGACGCGUACUCCCUCAUUAGCAGUGCACUACUUAGGGAAACACUAUUUAGUGCACUAAGCAGCGGCAAAAACAUGAUUGAAUUUGCAUAAACUCACGUGAUUGGCUGAACUGUGUUUAAAAAAGCCCCGCCCACACAAUUAACGUUAUUUAUGUGAUUUAGAAACAUAAUCCUUUU